AUGGUAAGUAAUAUGGGUAUUUCAAGUAUGUGACUUAUUUUAUGAAUUUAGGGCAGAGUUAAGGCGGACAAGAAGUUCAAACAAAAGUUGUCGAAGCAGAAAGCGGUCAUAAAACAAACAGACGAAAGAAUGUGAGUGACUCUUAUUUAUUAGAAGUUAUGCUUUUAGCAAGGCUGAGAGUCGUGUAACGAAGCAAAAGAAAGCGAAUGAACAUGAAUUCAAAUUGACACAAGCGUGAGUUUCAUGAAACAAAACUUAACAGCAAAUUUGUUGCUUUAGUCCUCGUAUAUCGUCAGCAAUGUUUCUAAAGUAUAACAGUCAACUUGGCCCUCCAUUCCACGUCUUGGUUGAUACAAAUUUUGUCAAUUUUUCCAUCCAAAAUAAACUCGAUAUGAUGCAGGGAUUUAUGGACUGUCUGUUUGCAAAGAGUAAGUUCAUGAGUUUUUUAGUAGUAUAUUUUUAGCGAUCCCUUACAUUACUGAUUGUGUUAUGGGAGAAUUAGAAAAGAUGGGAAGAAAGUUCAGGCUGGCUCUCAAGAUAAUCAAGGACAGUCGUUUCCAGAGACUUCAAUGCACUCAUAAAGGAACUUAUGCUGAUGAUUGUUUGGUGCAGAGAGUCACACAGGUAUGCACGUCGGAUUUCGCUUUCAUUUUUUUAGCACAAAUGUUAUAUUGUUGCCACAUGCGAUAAAGAUUUGCGGAUGAGGAUCCGGAAACUGCCCGGAGUUCCGAUCAUGUUCAUAAAGAACCACAGAUACACAAUCGAGAGAAUGCCGGAUGCGUAUGGCGCUCCCAAGCUUGGAUGA